UGCCGCAGUUUGGAGCGAAGACACGCGCACGUCGUGAAAGUUUGUCUCUGCGUGGACGCCAACUGUGAACUUGAGUGUGCGCGCGCGCAAAGUGGAUACCAAGUGUGUGGACUCUUGGGGAUGUUGUUGUGCACGGCGUUGUCGAAGGUUCCUGGGAUCCACAGGCUCACAGGGCCUGAGAGGGACCUCCCACAUAGAAACAAUCAGAAAAAAGUCUGUCCUGUGCACCUCCAUCACUGUCUGCUUUGGAUCUGCAACCAAGCUGGACAGACACAGACUUCAACGGACAAUUAAGACUGCAGAAAAAAAUCAACGGAGCGGACCGUCCACGCAUCCAGGACUUUUACCGAUGCAGUGUCAGGAAACGGAAAGAGUUCCAAGUCUGGAUAUACCAUGUUGCCUCUUCUCCUGCUCCUCUUCAUCUCCUACAGUCCGGUUUUAGCCUUUGAGUGCCCCGUAGAUUGUGCUUGCCAAGACCAAAGCUCAAUAUUUUGUCUAAAUCGACGAUCCAACACUGUUCCCCGAGUCCCAGCGAGCACAGUGAAUCUCUACAUCUUCCAAAAUGGGAUCAAAACUUUGACACAAAAUGACUUCAUAGGUCUGGGGGAGCUGGAUAUGAUCGAUCUGAGCCAGAAUGAGCUGGAAGAGGUUCCGGAUGGUGUAUUUAAGAUGCUGUCAAAGCUGAAAAACUUGGAUUUGUCAUCUAAUGCCAUUACCCACAUUUCCAAAGACAGCUUUUCUGGGUUGUUCCAGCUGGAGAGACUAUAUCUCCAUCAGAAUCUCAUCCAGACCAUCCACCCAGAAGCUUUUCAAGGUUUAGAAAUGCUAUUGGAACUCAAGCUACAUGGAAACAAACUCACCUCCUUGCCAUCCCUUCAGUUACCCCGACUUCUGCUCCUGGACCUUAGUAGCAAUAACAUCCCAAGUUUAGGAGUCUCAGACCUCCAGACUCCUCACUUAGAAGCCCUUAAAAUAGCUUCUCUUGGGCUCACCUCUCUGGAUGAUGACCUUAUAGACUCCCUUGGGAAUCUCCAUGAGCUCGACAUCUCCAUGAACCAGAUAACGGAGGUUCCUAAUGCUCUAAAGCAGGACUCCCUCAAGGGUUUAAUAAAGCUCAAUCUGGCUGCCAAUCCAUUGGGUGAGCUCAGAACAGAGGACUUUCAGAAACUUAUUGGGCUCCAAGAAUUGGAUCUCAGUGGCAUUAAUCUCCAGGAAUUUCCCCAAGAUUUUUUCCAGUCAUUCUCCAGGCUGACAUAUCUUGCAGCAGCUGAGAAUCCAUUUAACUGUUUGUGUCCGCUAGCUUGGUUUCCAGUGUGGCUGAAGGAGAGAACUGUUGAUCUGUUGAGGCCUGAGGAGACCAGGUGCCACUUUCCUCCAACUAACGCUGGUAAGAUGCUCUCAGCACUCAAGCGCAAAGAUUUUGGAUGUCCACCAACUACAACUUUUAUGAUGAAGUCCCCUAUUGGGAGUACACCUCGUCCUCAGGUUCAUACCACAACUCCCGAAACAAUCCAUACAAAUACCCUAACCCCUCCUCCACAAUCAAAUAGACAAACCGUGGACUCAAAGAUAGACUUGCUUCCAUCAGAAUCUCCUGCCUCCCCAAGCUCCACAAGUGGGCGAUAUGAGCAACACAUCUGUCCAGCAAACAUUUGUCUUAACGGGGGUACAUGUAACUUUGACCCAAUGGGACAAUUGGGCUGCCUGUGUCCUUUCGGAACAUCUGGACUUUAUUGCGAAAACAUUGACGAUGUUCCAGAGCCACCAAAACCUUCAGCAACAGAAGUGUCCAAGACGGCACCCACAUUUCUUGAAGAACUCGAUGCCAUCAGCUCACGCCAGGUGACCUCCACAUCUAUCCUUCUUGAUCUUCACCAGUUCAUCAAGACACGACCAAACAUCCGGGGCAUCAGGCUGACCUACCGGAAUCUCUCAGGCCCUGACCGCCGUCCCAUCAUAUUGAGUCUUCCGGCAUCCUAUCCCGAGUACACCUUGCGUGGACUGAUACCCAACUGUACCUACUCAGUCUGCGCCAGUCCUCUCGGCGAGAGAAUGAGCUCCAGGGCUAAUAGUUCUGUAGAAACUGGGUCUUGUACAGAAGCUCGCACUGCUGGGGUUCCACUGACAUCCUUAGAACCUAGAGUGGAGACACCGAGCUUACUCAUAUAUACUCUCAUACGAGCUGUUGCUGCUCUAGCGCUGUUGCUGGUGUUGGUUUUUGUGGCCGGUAUGAUCAUCUUUCUCAGAAAAAAGAGAAAGAACAAGGCGGGGAUGGAGCUGGAACUGGGUUCUAAUGAUCCUGACGACCUGAUGGAAGUAGAAGGCAUCAAGGUGUGUCCUGAAAAUGGGGGAAACGGGACACUACCGCGGAAACAAGCGGAGAUCGAGUGCUGUCACACGCCACAACCACUGCCUUCCUUGCAACCAAAUAGUAGCUUAGACCAUGAGGUGCCUCUGAUGCAAAGACACUCGCCAUCAAAUAACAAUCGAUCAUCCCUGAAAGCAUCCUAUUUCUAAGUUGAAAUAAUACACAGACACUCUUGAUGUCCGUCAAAAUUCUGUUCAGGUCUGUGUAGUGGUUUAGAAUUCAAACAUUUCCUUCAAAUGUCACUGUGGCACUUAUUCUUUGUCUCCACUACUGACCGCAGUGACAGAUAAUGAUGAGAAGCAACUACAAUUGCAAUGUAUUGGAAAUGAGCUAAACCACAGCUGGACAGACAGGUUGUGUGUUUUUUUUUUUUAAUGGGUUUGACGGUAACAAAACCCAACAAAGUGCAAUUGACAAGAAUCGUCCUUGGAGCAUGGACAAAGCUAUUGACUGUGGUUUGUUCUAAAACUGUUUUUGUAAAAAAAUAGAAAGAAGAUGUAAAUCUCUUGCUGGAUUUGGAAAUGAACUGGAGGAAAUUUGAGUUAUAAAUGACAAGAAGGGUAAAGUUCUAGUCUUGGCUAUAGACUGGAACUGAAUUGACUCAUUAUUAUUGCUUUUCGGUGUUUCCAUUACAAACUGAAAUAAGACAGAUGAUCAAACAACGAUAAAGCUACAGACAGUUUGAAAACAUUUUGUGGAGCUGAACUUCCGAAGCAUACCAACUUGGAUUCUUCACUUUCCAAAGAUCCAUCCAUGACUCAAUCCACACAUCUACUGGCUUUUGGCUCAGUGGGAACUCAAUUUUCUGUGAAAGAAAAAUGGACUGAACAAAAAGCCAUUAAGUCGGCCCACAUUGUCAUGUGUCAUGACAGAAAGUCUGGCUGAUGUAACCUUGUUUGUUUUUUGUUUUUUUGUGUUUUUGUGCCUACUCUCAAAUCAGUAUUGCUGUCAUCGAAAAUGUUAUCAAAAAGAUGGAAGGGUGUCUAGGAGUCUAGUAACCAUCAAAUAUGUACAAGACAAGAUGUUUCUGACUCUUUAGCUCUGGGGUGUCCAAAUUGUUUUCACCAAGGGUCUCAUAAAGAAAAACUGAAGGAUGUGAGGGACUAAAUUAUCCCGAUGAGUAAUGCCCGUAUUUCAAAGAAAAAACACAAUAAUAUUAGUACAACAUAUUCAUUUUUGAAGAUAACUGUUUUUAUAUAUUCAACCAAAAACUUGUGUAUUUUGGAAGAAACAGCUAUUAUAAAGCUUUGGGGGGAAAAGCGUUUAUUUUUUUGAGACAAAAGUACUGUAUAUUUUGAGGAAAAUAGUUCUACAUUUAAAAAAAAAAAAAAACAUAAAGGUUAGUUACAUUUUUACAAAAAAAAACUCAAUUUACCAAGUUAUGUUCCGCAUAAACCACCAUGAAAGUAAAUUAAUGAAUUAAGUAAGUAAAAUAAUUCCAGUUUAUUUUAUACACUUUUUUUUUGUAUUAAUAUUAUUAUUAUCCAUCUAUCCAUCAUUUUAUAAAUCGGAUCUCGGGGGCAGAGAAGACCAGACUUUUUUCUCACAAGCUACUUCUUCCAGCGGAUCCCGAGGCCUUCUUCGGCCCCCUGAGAGACAUAGUCUCUCCACUGUAUCCUGGGUCUUCCCCGUGGUUGGACGUGCCUUAAAAGUUAUUAUUAUUAUUAAUAUUAUUAUAUUAUAAAUUCUCCCUCAAAGUAAAACUUACUUUCGUUGAAACAUGUAUUCCUCAAAAAUAUUGGUAUAAUUUCUUAUUUUCAAAUAGGUCCCUUGUACAUCUUCAUAGUAUUGAUAUUUUUUAAAGAAAAAACAGACGAUAACUUAGCUAAUAUAAAUACUUUCUUUCUUGCAAAUGUUUUUUAAUUCUUCGCCUUAAGUAGGGGCCAGUAGGGCUACCGUAUUUCCUUGAAUUGCCGCCGGGUAUAUAGUAUGCGCCUGCCUAGAAUUACUGCCGGGUCAAACUCGUUUCGCAAAAUAAUUAGCACAUGCUUCGCAUUACCGCCGACUCAGGAUUAAUGCCGGAUCAAACUCAUUUCGCCAAAUAAUUAGCAUGUGCCUAGAAUUUUCGCCGGGUCAAACUCGUCACGUCACAAGCGACACUUCACCUCUCAUCAUUUUCAAAUUGGAGGAGGCUGAUUUCAAUAAUUUGAAAUCACAUAAAGGGAAAAAGAUUAAGAGCUAUUCAGUAGGAUUUAAGGUCCAAGCUUUUGAUUAUGCUAAAAAGAACAGUAAGCACCUAUGUUUUAUUAAUAUACCGUAGCUGCGUGUGUCAAAUAUGAGUCAUUAAAUGACUCCCUCCUCCUGGUGGUAGAGGGCGCUAGUGAUCCUUCUUAGGACUACUCGGCUGCAGAAGAAGUGACAACAAGCAGCAAGAGUGAGCAGCGAUCGUUUAUUUUUUCCUCUCGCUUGCACUUUUAACAUGGAGGAUUACAUAUCUAAAAUAAAGCAGUUUUCUAAUCUGGACUUUCAAUCGAAGCAGGAGGUAAUAAAGGAAGAUAUCCAUCGAGACAGAGAGACUUUUAAAACUAAAGAAAGAUAAGGAAGACUUCUAUAAAUCGAUGCUUUUGAUCAGAAGGAGCUGCGCAUGGACUUUAUUUAUAAGUAAAGGUAAAACCAUAAUGACGUAAUUUUUAUUUAAUGUGAUUUUCAUGAUGGUAUCCUUACAUCACACUCAAAUUUAUAAGUGCAGGCCUAAAUCUACCGCAUGCCUUUGGUAAGCGCUGGAGUGAGAAGAGGUUUUAAAAUGAUAAGCGCAUGCCUGCCUUUACCGCAUGCCUUUGGUAAACGCCGGAGUGAAAAGAGGUUUCAAAUUAAUUAGCGCCCUGGCGGCAAUUCAAGGAAAUACGGUAUGUUUAAUUAAAUAUUUUAACGAACAUGCCGCAAGCCUCUGUAAAAAAAGGAACUUUGGGCCGCAAAUGGCCCUGAGGGCCGUACUUUGGACACCCCAGCAUCUGACCAAGAACAAUCACAACGGAUGUGCCUGACAAUUAUGUGAAUUUUGAUUAAACUAGCCAAGAAGGUGUUACUUUACUGCAAGGUCUGUACAACAUCCGAGUCUGUUACAAAGUAGUAGUUGUUACCAGCUUAUACAAACCUACUGAACAUUCAAAGACCACAAAGAGAUUAUUCAGAAUAUAAAGUAAAGUAUGUUGAAUUUGGGGGAACAUCCAGAAGGGGUUAUUUACUGGAAGGCUAAAUGCACAUCCUGAAAUUUAAUUAUGCUUUUUCUUAAACCAGAAAGAAGAAAUGCAAAUGCUUUACACCAUUGUGCCUUCAGAUACCUAGGACAUGCAAAUGUGCCUUUUUAAAAACAGCGCUCAUGAAACACUAAGCCACAUCUUCACUGUGGAUGAAUCGUAAUUAAAGCAACAACAAAAAAAAUGUUCAGGUUUUCCCCGACAUUGUCCACUCCCUGCUUUUCAUCUAUUCCCCACUGCAAAGUAAACACAAGAUACAUCUGCCACUCCAUCAACUGGAAUACUUUGGGUUGUGUUCGUGGACUGCCAGCAGCUGUUUGCAACAUGCUCGCUAAAGUGCUAUCAUGUUUUGUAUUGUUUGUUUGUCGAAAAAAAAAUGUUGUAUGUGUUUGCCAGAAGAUAAUGCAGACAAAAGGACAGUAUUAAAAAGACCAAUUUUUUUAUAAA